AUGCGAUCUCCGAUCUCCGGACUCUUCUCGAGAUCCCUUAGCUUCCUCCACCGCACUUCCCCCCUAACCUCCGCCGCUCGCCACCUAUGCGCCGUCACUUCCCCCGAAGCUAGAACGAAGAACCUCGAGCGAAUCGCCGACGACUUGCUCAACCUCAACAGAAUCGAGCUCUACGACUACUCAAUCCUCUUCAGCCACAAACUCGGCCUCAACCGCUACGGAUCCGCCGUGUCCUCCCCCGCCGGAGACCUCCCCGACGCGUCCGCCUCCGCCGAGACCAAAACCGCUGAGAAAACGGCUUUCGAUGUGAAGCUUGAGAAGUUCGAUUCCACUUCGAAGAUCAAAGUCAUCAAGGAGAUAAGAGCGUUUACGGAGCUGGGGUUGAAAGAAGCGAAAGAUCUCGUUGAGAAAGCUCCGGUUGUGGUGAAGACAGGUGUCACUAAGGAAGAAGGUGAGAAGAUCAUGGAGAAGCUCAAAGCCGUUGGUGCCACUGUUGCUUUUGAAUAAUAGAAAUAAAAGUUUGAUUGCAAAAUGUUUUUUAAUUUUUACAAUAAUGAUUGCUGUUUGUGUUAUAUUGAGAUGCCACUCUUAUCAGGUAGUAGCUUCUUCAUGUAGUACUUUGAUUUUCUAGAGAGGUUGAUUCUUUGCCU